AUGCACUCUCGCCUACUGGUCUCUGGUCUUCCCAGGUCUCUGCCCGCCCUCCCUCCCUCGCCUGCGCCGCCCUGCAUUCCUUGCGUCGAGGGGCGGCAGCGCGCCGCUCCUCACUCCUCCUCGUUCCCUCCCACAGAGGAUCCACUGCAGACUCUCCAUAUGGACGUGUGGGGCCCAGCCCGCAUCCAGGGGCAGGGCCGCGAGCGGUACUUCCUGCUGGUUGUCGACGACUACACGCGUUACACCACGGUUUUCCCCUUGCGCAGCAAGGGCGAUGUCCCUGCUAUUUUGAUCCCUUGGAUCCGCGCUGUUUGUCUCCAGCUCCGCGAGCGGUUCCGGUCGGACUUUCCUGUCCUGCGUCUGCACUCUGACAGAGGUGGUGAGUUCACCUCCGACCUCUUGCGAGCCUUCUGUGAGGAGCACGGCAUCUGCCAGUCGUUCACGCUUCCGGCCUCUCCGCAGCAGAAUGGGGUUGCUGAGCGCCGCAUUGGCUUAGUCAUGGAGGUCGCUCGUACCUCCAUGAUCCAUGCGGCUGCCCCCCAUUUUCUGUGGCCGUUUGUGGUCCGGUACGCCGCACAUCAGCUCAACCUCUGGCCCCGUGUCUCCGUGCCGGAGACUUCGCCCACACUACGUUGGACGGGGGAGGUUGGCGAUGCGUCGCGUUUCCGGGUCUGGGGUGCUCGUGCCUUUGUCCGCGAUCUCACCGCGGACAAGCUCUCUGCUCGCGUGAUUCCCUGUGUCUUCCUUGGCUUUCCCACUGACGCGCCUGGCUGGCAGUUUUACGACCCCGCCUCGCGCCGUGUCUUUGCAUCUCAGGACGUCACCUUUGACGAGUCGGUUCCCUUCUACCGCCUCUUUCCCUACCGCACUGCCCCUCUCCCCCCCCCCCCCCCCCGCCGCUCUUUCUCGCUCCAGGUCCUCCUCAGCCUGGAGGUGCUGAGCCUGAGCGUGAGGAGCCUGGGGGUGCUGAGCCUGAGGGUGCGGAGCCAAGAGGUGCUGAGCCUGGGCGUGUGGAGUGAGCCUGAGGGUGCUGAGCCUGGGGGUACUGAGUCUGGGGGUGCUGCGCCUGGGGGUACUGAGGCGCCUGGUGAGCAGUCUCCUUGGAGCGGCCGCCUCCGUAGUCGCUCCGCUGGUGCCUCGCCGCAACCCUCUCGUCGGCGUGUCCCUUUCUCCACACAGCAGCUACGUGAGUGGUAUGUUAGCCGUCAGGGUCGCGCAGCUAGAGCUAGGGGCCCUGCUGCGGGAGGCGCUGGCGUUGGAGGCACUGGAGCUGGCGCUGUCCCUCUCUCCCCACAGCAGCUGCGUGAGUGGUACGUUAGCCGUCACGGUCGCGCUGCUGGAGCUGGUGCCUCUGCUACUGGAGGCGUUUCUGCUGACGUGACUGGAGCUGGGGGUGCCGGUUCAGGGGGUGCUGAGUCUGAGCGUGCUGAGCGUGGCGGUACUUUGUAUACUGGAGCUACUAAAGCCGCUGGUCUCGGAGGUGCUCGUACUGGAGGUACUGGAGCUGCUGGGGCUGGAGUACUGGAGGUGUUGGAGCUGGAGGUUCUGGAGCUGCUGGAGGUGCUGGCGCUGGAGGCGCUGGAGCUGGAGGUUCUAGAGCUGCUGGAGGUGCUGGUACUGGAGGUGCUGGCGCUGGAGGUUCUGGAGCUGCUGGAGGUGCUGGCGCUGGAGGCGCUGGAGCUGGAGGUUCUGGAGCUGCUGGAGGCGCUGGAGCUGGAGGCACUGGCGCUGGAGGUUCUGGAGCUGUUGGAGGUGCUGGCGCUGGAGGCGCUGGAGCUGGAGGUUCUAGCUGCUGCUCACUUUGCUGCUGCUUGUCGUCAGUGUGACGGUUCUGGAGCUGUUGGAGGUGCCUGCGCUGGAGGCGCUGGAGCUGGAGGUUCUAGCUGA